AUGACUAUGGAGAGAUCGAAACCAACCCCCAGCUCAAGCAGCACCUAUGGCCAGGCCUGCACCCCUUGCUACAAGGCAAAGUGCCGAUGUGUUCGCCUUGGCAAAAGGUGUGAGGCAUCAGAGUCGGUUCGCAAGCGUAACACUUCAACAAACCCAGCCGAUGUGUCCGAUACGCGCAUCGCUCGGCUAGAAGACAAGAUGGAGAGCUUGCUUUCUGCAAUGACAGCUUUUAUCGGUACUCCAGGGGGUUCUGGGUCUUCAAUCAACAUUCUGCAGACCCCUUCCCUCCAAGGAGACAGCAUUUCGUCAGCCACCUCUUACUCAAAUAGCGCUCUGAUAACCCCCACGAGCACGACUCUGGGCUUCAAUGAGGGGCCUGCUUUUUCGGCGAAAUCGAUGAACACCGUAACGUCAAAUUCAAAUCCGCUGUUUGUGUCUAAUCCUUAUUCUCUGUCGCCUUCUAUUCCAUCGGCAAAUCAACCAGACGAGCGGCUCAAUUUCUUCCGAUCUCGCAUGCUGCCAUCUUUCCCUUUUCUCAACCUUACCCCAGAUAUGACGAGCUGGUAUCUGCGUCAAAACAGGCCAUUCUUGCUCCAAGCCAUUCACACCGUUACCACUUUCUCGACACAGGAAAGAUUUGUUCAAUCUGAGGAACUGAAGCGUCUUCUGUUCACAUCUGCUUUCAUCAAAGUCGAGUCAAAUAUCGAUCUGCUGCUUGGACUACUAACUUAUCUAGCAUGGAGUACCGACGCCUUUCUCGGCAGGGCAGAUCUGAUCUCUCGUCUCAUGAUGCUCGCCAUCUCAAUGAUAUACGAUCUGCGGUUGUUUAAGCCAUCCUCGCCAGAUGUGCAAGUCAUGAUGACUAUUACCCAGGGGCGGGAUGAAGAGGGUCACAUCCCCGGCGACGAAACACCCUAUGACUUAUUGGAAAGGCAGCGGGCAGUACUGGCAUGUUUUAUUUUGAGCUCGAAGUGCGUAUAA